UCCGCGAGCGCGCGCGGGCGGCGAGGGGGCGUGUCCGGCGGGCGGGCUGCGCGGCGUCCUGUGCUGGAAUGUGCGGCUCCCGCGAGCUCGCAGCGAAACAGCCAACGGAGCGCCGCCGAGGCCCCGGGUCCCAGACCCCGGCGGCUGGGUCGGCUGGGACAGCAGGGCGAGGGCCGGUGGCCUGAUCCCGCUCCUCGCUCGCACUCCUGGAUCUUGGCGCGCCUCGACGGCCCCGGCGCCCAACUUUUCUCCCGACUUCUUCCCUUCCCCCGAAAGUCCAGCAACAAAGAAAAGUAGUUGGAGCCGCGGCGGCGACGCGGGGGCGGCGGGCACGGAGGCAAAGCCGCAUACAGCUAUGGCCACCCAGGUGAUGGGGCAGUCUUCUGGAGGAGGAAGUCUGUUUAGCAGCAGUGGCAGCAUGGGCAUGGCCUUACCCAACGACAUGUAUGACUUGCAUGACCUCUCCAAAGCCGAACUGGCUGCACCUCAGCUCAUCAUGUUGGCAAAUGUGGCAUUAACUGGGGAAGUAAAUGGCGGCUGCUGUGAUUACCUGGUCGGUGAAGACAGACAGAUGGCAGAACUGAUGCCUGUUGGGGACAACAACUUUUCAGAUAGUGAUUCAGAAGGACUUGAGGAAUCUGAAGUCAAAGGUGAAGCCAGUGGACUGGAAACCAUGGAACUGAGAAGUUUGGAGCUCAGUGCUAUAGAACCACAGCCUGUAUUUGAGGCAUCAGCUGCUCCAGAAGUGUACAGCUCAAAUAAAGACCUUCCUCCUGAAACACUUGGGGCAGAGGACAAGUGCAAGAAUUUGAAGACCAAACCCUUCCACUGUAAGCCGUGCCAGUAUGAAGCAGAAUCUGAAGAACAGUUUGUGCAUCACAUCAGGGUUCACAGCGCUAAGAAGUUUUUCGUGGAAGAAAGUGCAGAGAAACAAGCCAAAGCCAGGGAGUCUGGUUCUGCUGCAGAAGAGGGCGAUUUCUCCAAGGGCCCCAUUCGCUGUGAUCGCUGCGGUUACAACACCAACCGCUAUGAUCACUACACUGCUCACCUGAAACACCAUACCAGAGCUGGGGACAACGAGCGCGUCUACAAGUGUAUCAUUUGCACAUACACCACAGUAAGCGAGUAUCACUGGAGGAAACACUUGAGAAACCAUUUUCCAAGGAAAGUCUACACCUGUAGCAAGUGCAACUAUUUUUCAGACAGAAAAAAUAAUUAUGUCCAACAUGUCCGAACUCAUACAGGAGAACGCCCAUAUAAAUGUGAACUUUGUCCUUACUCGAGUUCUCAGAAGACUCAUUUAACUAGACACAUGCGUACUCAUUCAGGUGAGAAGCCAUUUAAAUGUCAUCAGUGCAGUUAUGUGGCCUCUAAUCAGCAUGAAGUAACCCGCCACGCAAGACAGGUUCACAAUGGGCCUAAACCUCUCAAUUGCCCGCACUGUGACUACAAGACGGCAGAUAGAAGCAACUUUAAAAAACACGUAGAGCUGCACGUUAACCCCAGGCAGUUCAAUUGCCCAGUGUGUGACUAUGCAGCGUCCAAGAAGUGUAAUCUCCAGUAUCACUUCAAAUCUAAGCAUCCUACUUGUCCUGACAAAACAAUGGAUGUCUCAAAAGUGAAGCUAAAGAAAACCAAAAAGCGGGAGGCUGAAUUGCACGAUAACACCACCACCAAUGAAAAGCCAGAGACAGAGCCAACGAAAAUAAGGGGGGAUGUGUCUGGAAAGAAAAAUGAGAAAUCUGUGAAGGUGGAGAAAAAAGAUAAUGUUUCGAAAGAGAAAAAACCUUGCAGCAGUGUCUCAGCGAUCCAGGUAACCACCAGAACUCGCAAAUCAGCAACGGAGACUAAAGUAGCCGAGACAAAGCAGAUGGAUGUGCACACAGGAAAUUAUCCAGAAAGAUCCUGUAAAGUCAAGAAAAACAAAAGAAAGACAGAUGCUGAAGCCCGUUCCUUGCAGGACUCUGUGAAUGAGGAACCAGUGGCAAAGAAGAAAAAGAAGGUAGAGAGCAAAUCCAAAAAUAGCCUGGAAGUGCCAAAGGGUGACGGUAAAACAGAGACUAAAGUGGAAAACAAAAAGCAAAACGCCUGCAUUAAGAAAGGUACAAAGAAGAAAACUCUGAAAAAUAAAUCAAGUAAAAAAAGCAGUAAGCCUGCUCAGAAGGUGCUUGCUCAGGUGGAACCUCCUCCCAGCCAGCCCGUCCAGAUGGAGCUGCCUCCUGUUACAGAGCCCACUCCCAUGGAGGUUACCCUUCCAGGACCUACACAGGCCGAGCCGCCUUCUCCCUUGGAUAGUGCUCAGACCUUGGAUAGUGCUCAGACUGGGCCUGUUCCGGUGGAGCUAUCUCCCACAGAGCCUGCCCAGAUCCAGCCUGCCCCAACCGGCCCUCAGACAGAGCCACUUCCUACCAGGGAACCUGCCGAGACAGGCCCUCAGGUGGAGGCGCCUCCUCCCAUGGGGCCGCCUCCUCCCAUGGAGUUGCCGCCUGUGGAGCCUGUUCAGAUAGAGGCCACUCAGAUGGAGCUGCCUCCUCCUGUGGAGCCUGCUCAGAAGGAGCCUGCUCAGCUUGAUCCAUCUCCUGUCCUAGAGCCUCUUCUUCCCAUCAAGCCAGUUACCAAAAGGUCAUCUCCUCGAAAAGACAAUAAAAAGGAAAAGCUGAACAUGCAGAGCGAAAUGGCAAAGCAAGAGCAAGUCCUUACUGAAGUUGGCUUAGUUCCUGUCAGAGAGAGCCAGCUUCUGAAGGAAGGUAAAAGCACGCAGGAUCUCUCAGCCCUGACGCUACUGCCAAAGGAAGACUUAAGAGAGGAGACAUCAGAAGACCAAAACACAGUCUCUGAAGGUGAAGGACAUAAAAAAGUCCCUCUUAAGAAAGUAGGAACAGAAGAAGCAGAUAAGAGUCUAGCUGAUCAUGCUGCUCCCAAGGAAUCUGCCAGUGCUUCAUCCUCCGAGCAGAACCUGAGGGUGCUGGACAGCGAAGCAUUGCAUGAGAAGUGUGAGAUGGGCUCCACUACGCUUUGUGGAAUGGAGAUGGGCUCCGAGCAUACCACCACAGAGAAUGUCCCUGGUAGAGACUCGCCCGUUGAGCCAGUUUCACCAUUGCCUCUUCCCUCCUCGGUAGAAGAACAUGAAUCAGUGUCCCCAACUGUAAUGGCUUCACCUCCUGUUACCGUAGCAGAAAAUGAGUCUCAGGAAAUUGAUGAAGAUGAAGGCAUCCAUAGUCACGAUGGAAGUGACCUAAGUGACAACAUGUCUGAGGGGAGUGAUGAUUCGGGAUUGCACGGGGCUCGGCCAGCUCCACAAGGAGCUAGUUCAAAAAGUGCAAAGGAAGCCUUGGCAGUCAAAGUAACUGAGGGAGAUUUUGUUUGUAUUUUCUGUGACCGUUCUUUUAGAAAGGAAAAAGAUUACAGCAAACACCUCAAUCGCCAUUUGGUUAAUGUGUACUUCCUUGAAAAAGCAGCUAAGGGACAGGAGUAAUUAAACUUUGGACAAGGUGCAGUUCAUAGUUUAUAAGAGCUAUUCCAUUUUUAAUUGGUUUAUGACGGUAGAUGAGGUUGCUUUAGUGUUCAGCAGUGAUUUUUUUUUUUUUUUUAAGUAACAUUCUUUUUCUUAGGACUGUAUGUUUAUCUAGUGAUUUGUUCAUUUUAGUAAAUCCUAGGGAGUUAAUGUAAGAAAAUCAGCAGCUACCUGAGUCUGUUAGCAUGUGCGGUCAGGUGUCAUGAGAAGGGCAAGACUGUAGAGGAGCAUUCUGUUGCGUUGUCCAGCUACGCCUUGUCAGCUUUUCUGUCCUCAUUUUAUAUAGUUCCUAUUUUUAUUUCCUUGUUUAGCUUGAUAAAAAUUGGCUUAGUAAAUUACUUGAAGAAUUUGCCUGCUUUAUAUAAAGUUAGCACUUUAAGGUUUCUUUAGAGAUGAGAAAAGACAUUUAAAUUGAAGAAAAAUUCUCCCAACAAUGGACAUUGUGUCAGUCCAGAUAUUUGCUUCCUGACUUAUGAUCAAUAUAUUGUGUAUGUUAAUUGUCAUAAAAAGUGAUUUUGGUGUUUUAUUUUGGUGCUUUACUGGCUUAAGAUGUUGCACAUGGUUCUUGUUUAAUUUUUUAAACCUAUGCAGUUAAUUUUUUUCUAGAAAUAGCAUUGUGUUGAAUAGUAACACUUUAUACAUAUAUAUGCAUGCUUUUUUUGCCUUUUUGGAGGGAUGCUUUUAGGCUGGUUUGCAAAAAGGAAGUUUUCUUUUUCUUCGCUGCAGUUGUCUUUUGCAGAACAAAUAGUGUGCAAGUUUGUGAGCAAAUGGAACACAGAAAUUCAAUCCAUUUAAAAUUAUUUUUCACCUCAUGUCUGUGUCAGAAUCUGAUUCUUAUGUUAUUUUGAACGGAUAACGUAAUUCUACACUCUCCACGUUGAUUCUGCACUAGAUCCCAUGUUAAACAAUUUUUAUCUCAAAUAUCAGCCAUUGGGUAUUUUGCUGUUUGGUAUAUAGAAUGUUAAAUCACCCUUUGAAGAAAUUUUUUUCUUAUACAUAGAUGGUUGGUGACCAUAUGGCUACUCAGCUGAACAAAGGACUACAAGUGGUAUUUGGAAAGAUCACCUGGAAUUAGGAGACCUAAGUAUCCUUCAAGCUGUAGAAUGUCACUUGCGAGAUUCCAAAGCCAUAGCUGUCACAUGGCAGAUGUAGAGUGAAGACUGGUAGGAGUUGUGGGAAACAGCCGUAACUUCCAGUGAGUACCUGAAAAAGGCUGUGGUAAUUAAGUACAGUCCAGAUUUUAAGAAUCAUACUUUCUCAGGGAUCUCCACAAACUAGUGGGUGUCCUGGCUGUCCCUGUAGACAGCCUCUUUCUAUAGGUAAGGCUUCAAGUGAACUGUAGCUAUCCUGGUGUUCCUCUGGGGUACUUUGUAUGAAAAAUGGCAGGUGCUCCAAAACCUUUGUGGGUGGUUUGGCUAAUUGCCAGAGUAUGAAAGAAUCCAACAGGAUUUUUCUGACUGGUAGGAGUUGUUUAUUGCAGGUGAUAGGAAGUAGGAUUCCAAUAGGGAAUCUUGAAAUUUUGACUCUUUAUGCUCUAUUUUGAAAUAACUUCUGUGUAUUUCAUUUAUUUUCUUUGCCUGGUGAUCUCUGAGGCAGGCUUCAGAUUUUGGCAGUAUAACAUGAAAGAUAAGCAUUAGUGUAUGGGUGAAAAGCUUGGUGAAUUCUAAGAGUGAAGUUUGAGUUCAAGUUGGUUGAACUUGGAAUUGACUGGGAGGCCAAAGAUUUAAAGAAGUAGAGGAUUCAAGGCAUAAAUGUGUGAUGAUGGUGUGUUUUGUUUUGUGUGCAUGGAUGAGAUUUUGUUAAGUGUUGAAUUCUAGGCUCCGACAAUCAUUGUCAGCGAAGAUCAAGCUGCAGAUAUUUAUGUUUUAAAACUUAAAUUAUAAAGCUAGUUAAGUCUUUCUAAUAACUAGUGUUAAUGUUCAUGAGCACAUUUUACCUACAUUACCUUUUCAAAAUACUGAAAAAGAUGCAUUUCAAGCACAGGUUGGAGAUUGGGAGUUGGUUCGAGGAAGAGGUCUUUGUGGAUUCUUUCAUACAGCAAAAGGGGAAAAAAUGCCAUCUGGGAAUUGAAAAAAAUUUUAAUCUAGUUUUAAGACUAGAAACCAAAAACCAAAAUAUAAAGGAAAUAAAAGUUGAUCUUUAAAAUCAUCAUUACCUGAAGUUGAGUGGGACUUCAGGCCUUUCUUCCAGAAAACAAGGACUUGGUUGUCAGGCCUAUAUUAGGCCCUGAACCUUAAUGCCAUGUGUUUGUACUUAAUAAAAAUUGUUUCAAUGAAAAGCAUAUUAGUAAUUGGAACUUCUAGUCCAGUUUGGAGUUCUUCCAUUUGAAAAAUGUGAUAUUUGCAUGGAAUUGUCUGGAUCUUGUUUUCUAGUCACCCCCUAUAACCACCCCAUAGACUUAAGCUAGAAUUUUCCUCUUUUGC